AUGGCCAGUGCCGCGAUCACCAGGUUACCGCCGGUGAAGGCCAGUCCCACGACCCUGCAGUACCUUGAAUACAAACGCAAAACAUCACGACCCUCACCCUACUACAAGCCCAGGUUUACUUUUAAAACCAAAGACCGAGAGAAAACACUUUUACAACCUUGGAUGCGCAAGACGGACCCAUUGAUGCCGCCCUAUCCCUAUGGCAAGAAUCAUACAUUCAAGGAAGCAAAUUUUGGACUCUACGGCGGAAGCACCAUUCAAUCAGGAAACAAAAUUUCCAAAGGGAAAAACAAAGGCAAAACUCUGCGUCAUUGGUUUCCUAAUGUCCGCAUUGCAAAGAUUUGGAGUGAAGCGUUGCAUACAGAGCUCAAAAUCCCUGUCACUAGUCGGGUGCUGAGGACAAUCAGAAAAUGCGGUGGUGUCGAUCAAUACGUUUGCGGGACAAAGCCUGCACGGAUAAAGGAGUUGGGUCUGCUGGGAUGGAAGCUUCGUUGGCUCGUCAUGACAUCUCCCAAAUACCGAAAACAAUACGCAGAAGAACAACAGAAAUUUGGAUUGCCUCGAGAAGCCCUUUUGCAAAGUUCCUUUGAAGACGCGUGGAACAAUGGAGAAAUGAGGGCAAAGUUCAUUCAGCAGCAAGAUGAAGCAUGGCAACAUCUACGCGAAGCAGCUGCAAGAUUCGAAAAGCACGUUCAGGAGAAGUGGGUAGAGAGCGGAGAGAAGAGAACAUACAAGAUCCCGAAACUAGAGACGCUUGCCAGGCGUAGUCCAAGCACUUUAGAGUUGCCUGAUCAUCUUGAACAAGGGGAGACUGAUGAAGUGGCAGGGACGAAAAAGCGAUGA